CCCACAGGGAUAAAUGACGACUCAUUCAGGUUGGGUUUAUCGGGUUGAAUCGAAUGUGGUCCGAUUGCAACUCUAAGAAACGGGAUAGAAAUAAAAGCUUGGCCUCCAGCAUUAAGUACUUUAAGAUACAAAAAGGUUAUUUAAAAAGGUAUGUGCAAAGAGCCUAGCUGAUAUAGCUCCAAAAUAUGGCAAUAACGCAAUGAAAAUAUAAAGUAGCAAACAAAGCCGGCUUUUCAGGUGCGGUUCCUCGUUUUUCACGUGACCGCAGUCAGUCAACACAUUAUACAUUUUACAACGUGUCAGCAGAAACUAUAGUCUACGCAGCACAUGGACAAAACCAUUGAACAAACACAGCGAACGUGCGCGUACAAAGUUAAUUCCGUGGCCCGGGUAUAUUUACCAUGAAAGCAAAUGACGCCAUCUUGUGGUCAGAUUGUGAAACUACACUAUGCAGAGAGUCUGGUUAAAUGCAUCAUUUCACCUCUAAAUAUGAAACGUAUUUUGAUACUUACCUGAAGUGACCGUGCCAAUUGUUGCGGUUUAAUGUGUCUCACCUGUCUGCCCCUUUUACAAAACAAUGGAGACGGGUCUGUCUGUGGCGGUGCUCAGCACAUUAGGAAACGGUGUCCCAAUUUCAGAACACGUGUUUGAACCUGUAACGUUGCACGUUUUUAAUGCGGACUAUUUCUUUCCCCGAAAUUUGUUCCCAUGAAAACUGCCCACAAUUAUUAUUGGCUAUCACAUUUAUUUCCCCAGUUUUGUGUCAUAUAGCUCAAUAUGAAUUAUUAUGCACUUAUGUACUGACUUGUAGAGAUAGCAUUUACCUCGCGUACUAAUUUAGAAUGGUGGUUAAACUCGACCGGAACUAUGCUUUAGGUGUGCACGUUAUGGCCCAGGUCAAGUUUAUCGAACACUAUAAGAGCAUCACCGCCACACCCUCAGAGUGCAGCAGCAGCAGCAGCAGCAGCAGCAGCAGCAUGAUGCGAGUCGCCCUGCUAGUUUUGGCUCUCACAACAGUCUGCCAUGGCAUCCUCCCUGAGAUAGUGCACUCAGACUUCAUUCACAUCCUUGAGGAUAAUUCCGCCCAGGGACAGACGGAGCUGGACCGCUUUGUAGAAGUGGAGCAACUGCCAGAAGAUCCGCAGCAAAAGCCCGAGGAUGCGUUCCACCAAAGGAACAACGAGAGCGUCGGUGCCAGCCCUCAUCCCGAUAACCUUCCUCCAAGUCAUCACAAUGAAACCGCUUCCGAUAAAGUUAUUGACAAUGAAUAUGUCCACACCUCAGUAGAACCGGAGACAAACAACAUUACCACAUAUGUCAACUCUAGUGACCUGGGGAACAAUAUUGAUCAUGGAUGCACCAGUGAUGGAGACUGUGUGAAGGGAAGUUAUUGCCUUUAUGACAUGCGCAACUCCAAGUGUCUGCCUUGCAAAGCAAUCGAUAUGUCCUGCACUAAGGAUAAUGAGUGCUGUGGUGAACAGCUGUGCGUAUGGGGUCAGUGCAGUCCAAAUGCAACAAAGGGAGAGGCUGGCAGCACUUGUCAAUACCAGACUGACUGCAGCCCAGACCUCUGCUGUCUUGUCCAUAAAGUCCUGCUCUUCCCCGUCUGCUCGGCCAAGCCCAUCGAGCGCGAGCGCUGCUUUGGUGCCUCCAACCACCUGUUGGAGCUGUUGUCCUGGGACAUUCAGGACGAGGGACCCAGGAAACAUUGCCCCUGUGUAGGAGAUCUCCACUGCCAGCACCUGGGGCGAGGGUCCAUGUGCCUUAAAGGAGAGGACUCGAGUGAAGAGGACCUGACGGACAGUCUAUACUCAGAGAUAGAUUAUAUAAUCUAGACGCAGCUUGAGUUCGUAUACAUUGCCUUGUAAACAGGGGUCUCCACUGACUCCACAGCUUUGUUGUAAAGAGCAAUAGCACUUUCUGUUUGCCAGCGUAAUCCAAAGAGGUAAAGCUACACUGCAUGGAAAAAUAAUGAGAAUAGAUUUAUUUUAUUGUAGUAAUAAAAGUAACUUGUAAAAAACAGGAAACAAUAUAUUUGCAAAGUCCUGUGUUGAUACUAAACAACACUACACUAUUUAUCUCUAACUCUUAUCUAAUGCUAAUAAUCCCAGACACACAAUUAACUGUAAAACACUGAAUAGCUGUUGACUCCUCACUCUUUUAACUUGUGUCACCUGUAUCACAUAGAUCAUCAGCUGACACCACGCUGAGUAUCAGCACUGCGUCCUCCUAAUAAAGUAAAACCCAAAUAGAACAAAGUGAGCACCCAGUUUGCAGUCCCACUGCAUCACUAUGCACCAGGAAGAAAAAAAUAAACCGGAUACAAUCAUGCUUAAUGUAGCGAAACAGUAUCACGGAGGCAGGCAAUAAUAGAUUAUGCUCGGCCUUCUAACUCUCCCCUCAACGUUACACCUGUAUUCAUCCACAGGAAGCACUUCCAGGAGAUGUCAGCAGGCUCGGGUAAAGAAUUCUGUUAACAUCAUGUUGCCAUCUAGGAAACUAAUUUGAAUCUUUAGACAUGAUAAAAACCUAAUUCUAAUUCUAGCUGCUUCCAUAUCCUAAAGUUGUUGGUAACGAAACUUUUCCUUCUUAUUUCUGAGAAAAUGUUUUGGUUAACCUUUUUAAAAAACAAAUCCCAGCAGUAUCUGCUCUGCUGCUUCGUUCCACAGAAGUCCUGUAUGUUUUUGCUUAAGACCUAGGCCUCAACAUUUUUAUGGCACAGAGAGGAAAUGUGCACGACAAGAUGACACUGUCCAACGUGCCAUGUUGGGAUUGUUUUAUCCAUAUUGUUUGUAUGCGUAUGUAUGUAUACAGUAUAUUUAUACAGUAUGUAUAAUGUGCUUUUUCUUUAAACAUGUACUUAAUUCUGCCUCACUUUAUCUCAAUUGUCCACUUUUGUCUUUCAAGCAGUAUCUCAUAUCCAGCAGUUUGUCAAUAACAUAUCAGAAAAUAUCAGAUGUACAAACAAACCAGUAGCUUAUUCCACUAAACUAAUUCAACUAUAAAUUAUUCUGUAGGUUAACCACCAUCAUAAUAUUUGGAUCAGCAACUAUAAAUGGUAUGGUGUACUUUUAUAGCAUUUAUAGUUCUAGUAUAACUAUAAAUGUUUUCAGUUUUAUACCUAAUCAAAUGUUUCCCGAUUACUAAAUUGACAGACUGCAGUCGUGCCACUAGAUUUCUGCUUGGGGGCGAUAAUCUUUUGAUGUUAUUUUCACCACAAUCUUCAAGGCUUUUUACUUUAGUAAUCCACUUCUAUUAAAAACUGGGAAUAUUUAAAAGAAAAGGACAUUACUAUUCCUUAACCAUCACUUAUUAGCCUGUUUCAUCCCAUCAUGGACACCACUUAGUUUUCAUUCAAGAGCAAUCUUUAACUCAAGGAACUAUUGAACACCUGCAUCUCCAGCUUAUGUUGCACACCUCUGUGGUCCCAAACAUGUGCUCUGUCUUGAUCUUAUCAUUUCAAAAUGCCAGCAGGAAGGUGUGAUAUGAAUACAAGCAAUACCAGAUGUAUGUGUGACUAUAGCUUGUGCUGGAUGUUAUCUUACAUACAACUGUCUGCACUGUUCUUAAGCACUUGAAACCUGACAUGAAGCUUGUACAACUCCUACCUUUGGAACAAUAAAUGUUUUUCUAACACCAAAA